UCACGCUGCCUACCAAAUAGUAGACUAUACUGAACCAGUAGCUGCAGCCAUGCUAUCUCCAUCGUAUUUCUGAGCAGUGGUGGGAGCCGCAUAGCGCGAACGACGUCAUAGGCGCUAUCUUGAUGGCUCAGCGGCAAUCGCACCUAAGCCCGAAGUCGCAAGAGCAUGAACGACAACUUGCAGCCAUCUGAUCUUAUCUGCUCCGCCGAUCUGGAUAAGUGUACCGCCCAUGCGCCACAAAACGUGGCACCGUGGCCAUGCGAAGUCUUCUUCACUCCAAUCAGAUUGUGCAUAUUUGUCGGUGAGAGCGGUGCCACGCCGAAAGCCCCAAAUUUCGGCGAUGCUCCGAAACUCCGGCUUUCACUCCGACGGCCGACAGCGCGGAACGCUUGCGCGCCGGCCGGCAAUCUUCACGGAAAAGCGACACUUUGACCUUUUUGGGCCGCCUAUGACGGCAAACCUCUCCCAACCUGCAAAUUUUGGAGAAGUCUGUA